AGUCUUGCCACCCCUGCCGGACGUGUAACCGCGCUAGCUGCUCCGAGGUGUUCACUGCUGUCCGCGUGGCAGGUGAGAGUGAUUUACGCGCGCAGCUUGCGCGGAGUGAGAGGGGGCGCUGGUAUUUCUGGGGGCCCCGGUCGACGCAUGAGGGGUGGGGGGAGGAGGAGGAAGUGGAGGGGGUGGUCGCGACGCCGGGGAGAAUGAGGCGGCAGUCGCGAGCUCGUGCCGACGAUGUCAGCAGGGCGCAGCGGGGAGAUGCGCUCCGCAGCAGCCGUGGUCCAGCGCGACCUCGCGUCCGGCCUCCAGGGCUGGUGAAGAGCUGGACCUCGCCUCUUCCAGCCGCGCGCGCUCCGACAAAUGGACGCCUCGCCGGCGGCGGGCAACUCGUCGGCGUGGGAGCCGCGCGAGGAGUGGACGUGCUCCUUCAACAUGACGUCGCCGCUGCCGCAGAACCUGUCGGCGGCCGAGCAGUUCCGCGACGGCUCGCGCUUCUGGAUCCAGCGGGUGCUGGUGCCCGUCGUGGUGGGAGUCGGCGUGCUGGGCAACGCCGUCUCCAUGGUGGUGCUGACGAACCGGCGCAUGCGCAGCUCCACCAACGUGUACCUGACGGCGCUGGCCGCCUCCGACCUGCUGUACCUGGUGCUGGUGCUGGUGCUCUCGUUCGAGCACUACCCGGGCGCCAGCCGGCCCGAGUACUACGCCUACUGGCAGUUCCGCCGCUACGCCAUGUGGCUCGUCGACGCCGCCAGCAGCACGUCCAUCUGGCUGACGGUGUCGUUCACGCUGGAGCGCUACGUGGCCGUGUGCCACCCCAUGCGCGGCCGCACGCUGUGCACCGAGUCGCGCGCGCGCCGCGUCAUCCUGGCCGUGUACGCCUUCUGCUUCCUCAGCACGGCCAGCACGGCGCUCGAGUGGACCACGUGCGCGCUGCUGCGCGACGCCCGGCCCGUCGCCUACCACCGCGACGUCACGCCGCUCUACAACAACACCGCCUACCGCAACGCCUUCUCGUGGUUCACGUGCGUGUCGUUCAUGGUGCUGCCGCUGGCGCUGCUGGGCGUCUUCAACUCCAUCCUCAUCCGCGUGGUGCACCAGAGCCGGCGGCAGCGGCGCGCCAUGACCACGCAGGUGGACCCGACGGACAGCACCCAGACGCAGGAGAACAAGAUCACAGUGACGCUGAUCGCCGUGGUGCUGCUGUUCCUGUUCUGCCAGAUGCCCACGGUGCUGUGGCUCCUGUACAGCACCUUCCACGAGGUGGCGCGCGGCUCGGACGAGGAGCACGUCCUGCUGGGGCUCGGCAACAUAUUCAACUUCCUGAACGCCGUCAACGCUGCGUGCAACUUCAUCCUGUACUGCGCGUUCAGCGACAAGUACCGCAGGACGUUCCUCGUGACGUUCCUGGGCCGGUGGUGCCGCGCCUACUCGCGCCGCUACCACGGCAGCCUCUACAACUCGGCGGCCUUCUCCGGCGACCGGCUGAGCAGCACCCGCUGUCACAGCACCCUGAGGAGACCGGCGCCCUCGCGCGGCGACAGCACCAACCACGGCCGCAGAAAGCCCGGCGACGCUCCCAAGCAGGACGGCGCCGUGUCCCCAGGCCACAUCAACGUCCCCCUGUUCGAGUCGCUCAAGUUCCAGUUCCUGAUCCACGGCCUCCCGGUGCCCCAGGGCAUCGAGAGCAACAGCUCCGCGGUCGCGGCGAAACAGCGGAACGCUCUUGCACCAGCCUUAUAGUGAGCGCUCUGACCCGCCGGUCACGGCGACACUUGUAACUGCGACCGCGCAUCCACGAGGAACAGAAAACUAUUUAAUAACAAUCCAGGGACAAUAUAUUUUUGUUAGGUCCUGAGACCCUGACCAGAUCAGACACUACUUACUUUUGUUCAUGUUCAAGCGAGACCAGUUGAGUGGAAAGCUUUACCAGAACAUGAUAUCGUAGAGGAACUGAUAGUGCCAUGUAGUUUGCACUCAAUGUUACGCAAGAAGACAAUUGAAAACUUUGAUUCGUACAUAGAAGAGAGAGCUAUGUGAGAUUUGUUAGUGCACUAACCCAUGUCAGUCACUCUUUACCAGUCAAUUUCUAGUCAAAACAGCAUUCAUAUUUUGUAAUUUUUUUUAAAUAACUUAUGUUUAUCAGCCACACAUUUAGUUUAAAAUAUGUUUUUUUUUAAAUUUUACAAUAUGUCUGAACUAUAAAAGUAAUUGAUCUAUGUCCAGCAUUAGUAAAAAAUAAAGAAAACAUUUCCACACUAGUAAAAAUUGUUGUUCUAUAAAUAAAAAUCAGGGUGAAUUGAUUAAAAAUAAUGUGUAUGUAUGUAAUCAGUACGCUGUCGUAUUUUAAAAUGGAUUAUAUUUAAUUAUAAUUGAAAUAUUUUUGAGAAUUUGUAUUGUAUUUUUAACUUAUAGUUACAUAAAUUAAUAAUGUUUUAGAUUACAAGCCGGUUUUUUAAUAAAUAUUCGGUUUAUA